UCACCUUGCUUCUGGAUGGGCGCUUUUGCAUUGAUGCAACUGUUUGAUGAAAGACUAUGUAAUUGUUUGUAUCCAUCUUGUGUGCUAAGUGAAGGCUUUCAGGUUCUAUCCUGCAUGAUAUUGUCGAUAGCAGUAUUCAGUUUUCAGGAAACAAAAUGUACUAAACUACCGUUGAUAAUUCGAUCAUGGUGGAUAUUUUACUUUCUACAAUCAGUUACCAUGGUGGUAUUGGAUCUCAGGUCAAUUUUAUUAGACCAUGAACACAUAGGAUAUGAAGAAUGGACCAAUCUAUUCAAUCUUGGUGUUUGCGCUUAUCUGCUUGCAGUUUCAGCCAGAGGAACAACCGGGAUCAGGAUCACCUUCAUAGAUAGCAGCAUAACAGAGCCACUUCUGAAUUCAUCUAUAGGACAACAAACAGAAGCUGAAAGACCGUGUCCGUAUGGAAGGGCAGGUAUUCUACAACUUAUCACAUUCUCCUGGAUGAAUCCUAUCAUUGCUACUGGAUACAGGAAACCUCUAGAUAAGAAUGAUGUGCCAGAUCUUGAUUGGAAAGAUUCUGCCGAGUUCCUCUCUGAUUCGUUUAAAAAGAUCAUAGAUGAUGUUGAACACAGGCAUGGUUUAAGUGCUUCAUCAAUCUAUACAGCAAUGUUCCUAUUUGUUAGACGGAAAGCAAUGAUCAAUGCAGGAUUUGCUGUGUUAAGUGCCAGUGCAUCCUAUGUUGGACCGUCACUGAUUAACGACUUGGUGAAGUUCCUUGCAGGAGACAGGCAAUAUGGACAUAAAAGAGGUUACCUUCUAGCUUUAGCUCUUCUAAGUGCUAAAGUUGUGGAAACAAUAGCAAAGAGUCAGUGGUGGUUUGGAGCUCAACAGCUCGGGAUGCGGCUUCGAGCUGCUUUGAUAUCCCACGUCUAUCAAAAGGGGCUCCAGUUAUCCUUCAGUUCAAGGCAGAAGCACAACAGCGGAGAGAUCAUAAACUACAUGGACGUAGACAUACAACGGAUAUCUGAUUUUUUAUGGUACACAAACUACAUAUGGAUGCUACCCAUUCAGCUCUUUCUAGCUGUCUUUGUUCUCUAUCAAAAUGUAGGGGCUGGGGCCUGGGCUGGUUUAGCAGCGACGCUGGCAGUAAUGGCUUGCAACAUUCCACUAACCAGAAUGCAGAAAAAGUUGCAAGCCAAGAUCAUGACUGCUAAAGAUGAGAGAAUGAAGGCAACAACAGAAGUUCUCAGAAGCAUGAAAAUACUGAAACUUCAAGCAUGGGAUAUGCACUACCUUCAAAAGAUAGAGGCUUUACGAAGUGAGGAGUACAAGUGGCUAUGGAGAUCUGUGAGGUUGUCAGCUCUGGCAACACUUGUGUUUUGGGGGGCACCUGCAUUCAUAUCCUCCGUAACAUUUGGCUCAUGCAUAUUGAUGGAGAUUCCUCUAACUGCUGGUAGUGUUUUGUCUGCCCUUGCAACAUUCCGGAUGCUACAAGAUCCAAUCUUCACACUUCCUGACUUGCUUUCAGUGUUUGCUCAAGGGAAAGUUUCAGCAGAUAGAGUAGCAAAGUACCUACAAGAAGAAGAAUUGAAAUGUGAUGCAGUUACACAAGUGCCAAUAAGCAACACGUGCUAUGCUGUGGAGAUCGAUCAAGGAACAUUCAGCUGGGAACUUGACACCACUUCUCCAACUCUCAAUGAUGUAGAGUUACGAGUAAAGAGAGGGAUGAAAGUAGCUAUCUGCGGAAUGGUCGGCUCUGGAAAAUCCAGUUUAUUGUCAUGCAUACUUGGGGAGAUGCCAAAGCAAGAGGGGACUGUCAGGAUCAGCGGGAGCAAAGCAUAUGUUCCUCAAACAGCCUGGAUUCUGUCUGGGAAUAUCAGGGACAACAUUCUAUUCGGAAAUCCAUAUGACAAGGAAAAGUAUGAACGGAUAAUACAAGCUUGUGCACUGACUAAAGAUAUUGAAAUGUUUGCGAAUGGAGAUUUCACUGAGAUUGGUGAAAGAGGAAUUAACAUGAGCGGUGGCCAGAAGCAGCGAAUUCAGAUUGCAAGAUCGAUGUACGAGGAUGCUGAUAUUUACCUCUUUGAUGAUCCUUUUAGUGCAGUAGAUGCUCACACUGGAAGUCACAUUUUCAAGGAUUGUGUUAUGGGAAUCCUCAAAGACAAAACAGUACUGUACGUGACCCACCAAGUCGAAUUUCUUCCAGCUGCAGAUCUUAUACUGGUGAUGCAGGGUGGAAAGAUUGUGCAGAAAGGGAAAUUUGAUGAACUCCUUGAGGGGAAUAUAGGAUUCGAAGCUAUAGUAGGAGCCCAUAGCCAGGCUCUUGAAUCUGUCAUAAGUGCUGAGAGCUCCAGCAGAAUAUCCUCAGAUAACCAGAAAUCAGCAUAUACAGAAGAUGAACUCGCUGCAGAAAAUGGAACAAAUGAUCAGCUUCAGGGCAUAACAAAACAAGAGUCAGCACGCGAUGUCUCACAUGAAACCAAUGUCAAGGGGAGGUUAACACAAGAUGAGGAGAGAGAAAAGGGAGGCAUUGGCAAGAAAGUUUACUGGGCGUACCUGAGGAUAGUUCAUGGUGGUGCUUUAGUUCCAAUAACAAUCGCUGCACAGUUAUUAUUCCAAAUAUUUCAGGUAGCAAGCAACUAUUGGAUGGCAUGGGCAUCCCCUCCAUCAUCUGCAACCAACCCCACAGUCGGAUUAGGCCUCCUUUUCUCCGUGUAUAUAGCACUAUCUAUGGGAAGUGCAUUAUGUAUCUUCGCCCGCUCCAUCCUCACAUCACUAAUAGGUCUGCUAACAUCAGAAAAACUGUUCAAGAACAUGACCCACUGCGUCCUGCGUGCCCCAAUGUCCUUCUUUGACUCCACACCUACUGGAAGAAUUUUGAACAGGGCCUCCAAUGACCAAAGUGUUCUAGACCUAGACAUAGCAAACAAGCUUAGUUGGUCCGUGCUUUCAGUCAUACAAAUCCUGGGGACUAUUGGUGUUAUGUCACAGGUUGCAUGGCCAGUUUUUGCCAUCUUCAUUCCAGUGAUGGUGGUCUGUGUCCUUUAUCAACGCUACCAAAUACCGGCAGCAAGAGAGCUGGCUCGUUUGUACAAAAUUCAAAGGGCUCCAAUCCUACACCAUUUUGCAGAGUCACUUUCAGGAGCAUCGAGUAUUAGAGCAUAUGGACAGAAAGAUCGUUUCAGAAAAGCAAACCUUGGUCUUUUUCACAAUCACUCCAGACCAUGGUUCCAUAAUCUCGGUUCCAUGGAGUGGCUUUCUCUCAGGCUAACCAUGCUAUCCACUCUUGUCUUUGCGGUUUGUUUGAUUCUGCUAGUCAGCCUUCCUGAAGGUUUAUUGAACCCAAGCAUUGCUGGACUCGCAGUGACUUAUGCAUUGAACCUCAACUAUCAGUUGACGUCUAUGAUUUGGAACAUUAGCAGAAUAGAGAACAAAAUGAUAUCAGUAGAAAGAAUACUGCAGUACUCAAGGAUACCUAGUGAGGCUCCUCUAGUAGUAGACUACUGCCGCCCACCAAAGAGCUGGCCACAAGAUGGAGCUAUCAGUAUAAGAUGCUUGGAGGUCCGAUAUGCAGAGCAUCUCCCAUCUAUUUUGAGAAACAUAUCGUGUACAAUUCCAGGAAGGAAGAAGGUGGGGAUUGUAGGACGUACCGGUAGUGGAAAGUCAACUUUUAUCCAAGCACUUUUCCGUAUCGUUGAACCACGGGAAGGCACAAUCAAAAUCGACAAUGUUGACAUCUGCAAAAUAGGGCUGUAUGAUUUACGGGGCAGACUUAGCAUCAUUCCACAAGAUCCAACCAUGUUUGAGGGUACUGUAAGAGGGAAUCUUGAUCCACUAAAUGAGUACUCCGAUCAACGUGUGUGGGAGGUAUUGGACAAAUGCCAGCUUGGCGAUAUAGUUCGGCAAAGCCCAAAGAAGCUGGAUUCAACAGUUGUGGAGAAUGGGGAAAACUGGAGUGUGGGCCAGAGGCAGCUGUUUUGCCUUGGUAGGGUUCUGCUAAAGAGAAGCAACAUCCUUGUACUCGACGAGGCAACUGCUUCAGUCGACUCCUCCACUGAUGCAAUUAUCCAACAAACCAUCCGCCAAGAAUUUGGGGAUUGCACAGUGUUGACAGUAGCUCACAGAAUUCACACGGUUGUUGACAGCGACCUCAUCCUUGUCUUCAGUGAAGGAAGGAUCGUGGAAUACGACACGCCGUCAAAGUUGCUGAAGAACGAGAACUCUGAAUUCUCCAGGCUUGUCAAGGAGUACUCGAUGCGGUCCCACCCACCGCUACACCAGUGGACCAGGAAUUGAAGUUCAGUAUCAAUCAUAGUGGGCGGCAUAGCACUAGCCCCUAGAUUCAGACUGAUUCCGUUGCUGAUGGGAGCAUGCGUUCUGUAUAAGAAAAAUAAACGAUAAACAUCUGCAGCUACUCCGAGUAAAAUGU